GUCAAUGGAGUCAAACGGUCACGCCAAUGCGAUGAUAUUAGUGACAAACAAGGCCGUAGCCGAUGUAAAGAGGAUUUUUACGUGAGUUAGUGCAUCGGUCGCAGAUAGAUGCUGUUUAGACUGUCAUGACCGUGCAGGAAUAGUUUUAUGCUAAAUAAUUGGCUCGUUUGCAGCUGACGCCGUGUCAACACAAAGGCCUAUGCAGCUAGUUAGCGUUAGUUCCUCAGCUAGCUAGCAAGUGGUUUUACUCCAACCUCAGCUGCAGCAAAUUAACAGGCGUGCCAUUUUAAUGUUUUAUCUGUAACGCAGUUAAUCCCCUAUACUAAGAAGAAAGCAUUUGAGUAUUGUUUUGCUUCUCAACGAUAAUGGCGGAACAGGGUGCAGUGGUCAUGCAGCAGAAUUUGGACAGGAGCUGUUGGGUGUGCUUCGCCACAGACGAGGACGACCGCACGGCAGAGUGGGUGCGUCCGUGUCACUGCCGUGGCUCCACCAAGUGGGUUCACCAGGCCUGUCUGCAGCGCUGGGUGGAUGAAAAGCAGCGGGGCAACAGCACGGCGCGCGUGGCCUGCCCACAAUGCAAUGCAGAAUACCUCAUCGUCUUUCCCAAACUGGGUCCCGUGGUCUACGUGCUGGACCUGGCCGACCGGCUCAUCUCUAAGGCCGGACCCUUUGCAGCUGCUGGCAUCAUGGUGGGCUCCAUCUACUGGACUGCUGUCACCUACGGAGCUGUCACUGUCAUGCAGGUGGUGGGCCAUAAGGAGGGCCUGGAUGUCAUGGAGCGGGCCGACCCUCUGUUCCUGCUCAUUGGCCUGCCCACCAUCCCGGUCAUGCUGAUCCUCGGCAAGAUGAUCCGCUGGGAGGACUACGUCCUGCGUCUGUGGAGGAAGUAUUCUAACAAACUGCAGAUCCUCAACAGCAUCUUCCCAGCUCUGCUGCUGUUUUCUGUCUCUAAAGGGAUUGGCUGUCCAGUUCCUCGGAUCCCCGCAGAGGCCAGCCCCCUGGCAGACCAUGUGUCGGCUACACGGAUCCUGUGUGGCGCCCUAGUCUUCCCCACCAUCGCCACCAUUGUGGGGAAGCUCAUGUUCAGCAGUGUCAACUCCAACCUGCAGAGGACCAUCCUGGGAGGUAUCGCAUUCGUGGCCAUCAAGGGAGCGUUUAAGGUGUAUUUCAAACAGCAGCAGUACCUGAGGCAAGCCCACCGUAAGAUCCUCAACUUCCCCGAGCAGGAGGAAGCCUGAGGAGGAGGCGCAGUCCAGAGGGAGGACCGCUCCACGAACCACACACGCAUACACACACACACCCAUCCGCUGAAGGGGUGAGGGUGGGGAGGAGGAGAUGAACAUGUCAAGUCAGACCCCUGAGCAGGAAGUGCUGGUGAAACAGACUAGGAUCAGUGUCACCCUCAUUUACCUACUCCUCACCCCUCUCACCCCUCCUCCCUUCUGGAGCUGACAUUCAAUGCAAGGAUCCCCAUCACCGCCACCUCGCAUCGUUUUUAAUCUUCUGACGCUUUCAUUCGGUGAAGACUGGAAAAGACUUGUGGACACAGACUGGAGCACGUUUGCAGUUACACAUACACACAUUAACACACACCUCUCUUUCCCAAGAACUUGCGCAGGGUGGAUGUGUCUCACCGAUCACAUAACUAAUACUUGCUGUAAACUUAACUGUAUUUUAAAGGAAAAAAAAUGCGGGGCAUGUGUAAUUAUAAAGUUUUAUAAAUAUUAAUAAAUGAUUGUUUUAUAAUGUUUAUUUUGCAGAUUUGAGAAGUCCCCUCUGCCAAUGUUAGGGGCUUUAUAUUGAAUGAGGAACAAUGUUUAGUGUAUGGAAUGUAUUAAUGAUAAAAUAAUAAAAUGCGUUUAAGAGUUGUGAGUCAUGAUGCAGUAAAUUAACUACGGCCAGGAGGAAAACGUGACUGUUGAGGUUGAAUCUUAAUACUUCACUAUGAAACCCUAACACUGACCACAGAUCAGAAGUUUAAGUAGGUGUGUGUUUUAGACCCUGCAUUUUGAUUUUGUUUUUUUUUUCACAUGCCUUGGCGGUGUUCAUGUCUGUAGCUUUAUCUCCAUUUUACAAGAAGCUCUUAUGUGGUGUGUUUUAACGCUCAUCGCCCAACACAGCACUUCAGGUUAGUCUGAGCUCCUGAAGCCUGUUGCCAUGAGACCGUCUCCACCGGUCGUGUGGAUGUUGUAGUCCUUUCAGAGCUUGUUGCACUGACUGGAUUUGGGACUGAGACACAGUUUUUAAAGCUUCGGGUGACUCGCACACGAUGUUGGAUGGAGCACUUUUCAUUGGGGUGAAAGUACUCAAACUCCUCCGCUUGGACUCGUUCUAUGUGGCUUUUAUUUAAAAUACAAUUCCUUUCUUUUUUUUUUUUCUCCUUUCCCCAACAUGUGAUGGGACUGCUGUGUUGCCUGAGUGUGAAGUGCAGCUCAGGUCAGACUGUGGUUGGUUGCAGACACGAGUGAAACUUGGACAGUGGAAAUUUGAAAUGAGUCAUUGGAGCAGCUGACACUUUGGCAGGACUCCUGUGGAAAUUAAAGGGUCAGUUCACCCAAAUGACAAGCCAUAUUUUCUCACUUAAUACAAGUGGUGCAGAUAGUUUGUGUUUUUGAUUUCUGCUUCCACACUGACACUACAGAUAAAUGUCAUUGAAAAUGUGCCCUUUCAUUUUUUACAAUCUAAUUUGGGAUAAUUUCUUCAGUAGACAAUGAAAACUUUUCUCUUACUAUAAUAUUUAAAUGCUAUUACUACAUCAGAAGAGAUUAACUGGGGGAGAAAAAGCUUGAUAAAUAAAGCUCUGGAUCUUCAUUAAAGGCAGGAGAGAGGGGGCUUAUUAUCUCUGAACUGACUCUUUAAUGUUGCUUUACAUGAUACGAAAGAGGUUGUAAAUCAUUGGGAGCAUAAUGUGACUAUCAGUGUCAUUCAUUUCAUGUGGCAAAUCGUGGUGUGUUUUGCUGUUUUCUGCCCCUCAGGUGAGAAACAUGAGAACCUAUGGUAUGUGACGCAACGCCGAACACUUGGAAUAUUGAACCUGCACAUGUAAAACUGUGCCUGCUUUACAGAUGUCCUCCCACCAUCUGCAAACCACAGCUUCCCCAGCACAUUCACCGUUCAGUCUCCGCUCUGCCAGAAGAGACGUCUCAAGCGUGAACUGUGUUGUACAGAAGUUGCUUCUGACUUAAAGAGUUAAAAUGGUACCAGUUCUGUGAAUAAAGGUAUUUUUCCACAA